AUGGAGACUGUUCAAGAACGCAAGCCAAAAAGACCCCACUAUAUUCCCCGACCACCAGGCAAGCCUUUCAAGUACCAGUGCUUCCAGUGCCCGUUCACCUGCAACGAAAAGUCCCAUCUUUUCAACCAUAUGAAAUACAACUUGUGUGAAAACUCCAUCUCCCUCGUGUCACAGAAAAGUGGGCAAACAGCUAGACAGAUGAAGGCAAUGGCAAAAGCAAUCCCUCCUAAAACUAGGGAUUUAACAAAUGCCCAACCAGCAGUUCAGAACAACACUCCGGAGAAGCAGGGAGCUGAAGAGAACAAAGCUGAGAGCACAGAUGACACAGAAAAGGUCGAUGUAGGGUGUGACAGUCCAGUCAUCAAGGACAGUCAGAGUGCAGCAAACCCAAAUACGGUUUCAGAGACAGAGAGCACGGAAAGCAACGAGGAAAAGGAUCAGACGCGCCCAUCUGCCUUCUCCCCUGUCACACCCAACCAUGACGGAGCAGAAGCUUUCAAGACACCUGUGAAGCAGACCGAGGAUUUGCAAGCUCAUGUUCCUACUUUCAACCACCCACGCUUCCCAUGGGGCACGGUUUCAUCAUCCAUUCCCUUAAAACCAUUCGCGCCUCUCUUGGUUCCCGAAUAUUCUCCUUAUCUCCUGCCUGAUCGACCCCUAUAUCCACCUUACUAUCUUCCAGGAAAUCACCAUGUGAAUGAGCCAAACUCUCCUUCCUUCCAGGCAGAUUUUCUGGAUCCCCAGAGGCCUAUGGUACAACAACCAGUGACCCCAGCUAACACUUCCCCAUUUCCCUCUUUCCCAUACAGGUACUGCCAUCCUCUUCACCCAGGGCACCCUCUGCCUUACACUCUGUACAGACCCCACGAACUUUCUAUGCCAAUUGCAGGACACAGAUAUAUUCCUUUGGAUAUGUAUGGCCCAACUUUUGGCCAUAAAGACUAUGACUUGUACAUACAUUCACGUGCCAGUCUGAACCACCCACACACUUCUACACAAGCAGAGAGCCACCACGGGCAAAGUGGAGACAAGGCAACAAGGCUGAGUCCCAAAGAGGGCAGCUCAGCUCUGGGAUCCCCUGACAGACCCAGCCAAGCUCACAUCAUCCAGCGAGACAUAGAGGCGCUGCAGUACACCAACCUCAGUGAGUCACAGAUCGGCCCACAACUAGGAAACAUGUCUACAGCGGUGCAACCCAUCAAAAAUGACUUAAGUCCAGAGGAGUGUGCAGACAUGUCAGCUCAGCACGUAGACAGAGGAUUAGCUGAGAACCGCAGAUUUUCCUUCAUGUCUGAUUCUGAUCCACAUCCUGAAACUUCAUCAGAGCAUCACGAAGUCGACAGCACAGAUGAUAUGGCUCCCCUCAACCUCUCAACAAGAAACCAAGACAAGGAAAAAAUUCAGUCUGUCGACAGACUGAGCUGCUCAGACAGAGUGAAAUCAACAGAGCAUGAGUCGCCCCUGAACCUCAGCCUCAGAACUUCUCAGACCAGCCCUGUAUGCAGCUCUCCAACAAGCACUUUGGAAGAUCUUCAGCAGAGCUCCAUUGAAAAGCUGGAUGAAGAGCCUUGUGACCAGAGGCAGACUGCAGCUCUGGCACUCUGUCAGCUAGCCAUUGCAAGCUCUGCAGCGUCUUCACGUGACUUCAGUACUAUAGACGAGCCCUCAACAGAUUCCACAGAAUCUAAAAGUCCUGUUUCUCAAGAGAAAAGCAAACAAACGACCAGGGCCAAGGCAACAGCCAUGAAAAGACCACACAGUGGCAAGGCUGAAAACAAAUGCCAUAAACCAAAGAGAGUAAAAGCGCCCGGACGGGUUCUGAGGAGGAGAUCUCGUUGCUGCUAA